UCUCCCAGUCUCUCUCUCUCUCUCACACACACACACACACACACACUCUCUCUCUCACACACACACACACUCUCUCUCUCUCUCUCACACACACACACACACACACACACCCUCGCGCCACAGCAGUGCUCGGCUCACACUUCCACGCGUGCUUCACUCAGCGCCGCUGGAAACAAUGGGAACGGAGCCGCUUUGUGUCGGACAGAGACUGACGCGCUUCUCUGUGUUUGUUUAGGACUUUCUGCUGAUAGUCUCAUAUAUUCAGGAUCUCAUUAUCGCGUUUAACACAAUGGGCUGCUGCAGCGGACGGUGCACCCUUAUAUUCCUGUGCACGUUUCAGUUGAUGGUGGCAUUAGAGAGGCAGGUGUUUGAUUUCUUGGGCUACCAGUGGGCUCCCAUCCUUGCAAACUUCUUCCACAUCUUGGUUGUCAUUCUGGGUUUGUUUGGCACCAUUCAGUAUAGACCUCGCUACAUUGUGGUGUAUACUGUGUGGACGGCGCUGUGGGUGGCCUGGAAUGUCUUCAUCAUCUGCUUCUACCUGGAGGUUGGAGGUCUAUCAAAGGACAGCGACCUCUUGACCUUUAACAUCUCGGCACACCACUCCUGGUGGAGCGAGCACGGCCCGGGCUGUGUCCGAAGAGAGAUCCCGGCCAGCGAAAACCGCAGUGCAGACUCACAGUCCUAUAUAUCCAUCAUGGGCUGCCUGCUGGAGUACCAGUACAUUGAAGUCCUGCACAGCGGCUUCCAAAUCCUUAUCUCUCUGCUGGGUUUCAUCUACGCCUGCUAUGUCAUCAGUGUCAUCACAGAGGAGGAGGACAGCUUUGAUUUUAUUGGUGGAUUUGACCCAUUCCCACUCUACCAUGUCAAUGAGAAACCAUCUCAUCUUCUGUUAAAGCCCGUGCAUCAGUCUUCGUAAAUGAAAGUGCGUCGUGAAGAAGAGGCUCUCGGCCCGUUCCUCCUCUCUGCUUCUCAGCUCCUGCUUCUCCUCCGUUUAAAAACGCUUCCUAAUCGUCCUAAAUCAGCCCUUUCUGGAGACCUGGAGAACUGGCUCUUGAUUCCCAGCUCCAUCUGACGCUCCGGCCGCAGUGUUUAGACGCUCUUACAAGUGGCUGUAAAACAUAUCUAAACAGAAAGGCCCGGUGUUUUGUUGGUGCGGUGUGUGUGGUCCACGCGUCCCAGUUAUUCAAGGAGAAGGUUGAGAUGUUGAGGUUCACAGAGUUCCAGCUCUGUGUGUGUGUGUGUGUGUGUGUGUGUGUGCGCUGUUUACCUUCACACGGGAACUGGCCCGGUGAAAGAGAGCAGGGAGCAGAGACGAGGAAAACGGGUGCGGCCCCGAAAAAUAGACAAAGAAAGCUGACCUCCGGUGGCAGUCAAAAAAUAGAAGCAAAGGAAGUGUAAAAUAUAAAUACAAGAAACAAUUAGAGCUGUUUUAUGUCGUAGCGUUAUGUACAAUUCUCAUAAUUCACUGUAAAAUUCAGUUUGACUCUUUUUUGUUCGUUUUAAGACUUGAUUUAUAUGCAGUGAACCCCAAAUCGCUGUACCGAGGCACAUUUAAAUCACGCUAAACAAUGCGUGAUAGUCGUUAAAUCAGACGGGUUAGUUUUGGGAGUCAUGCAUGCAAGGUCAAAAAACACUUUUUUUUUAAGUUUUGCAUUUUAAUUGUGACUCGGGAGUUUUGGGGUCACUGUGCAUGCAGUCGGUAUUUUUAAUGUUAAUAAUCAUCAUUUAUCGCACAAUGUGUUUGUAUCAGCCUUUAGAACAGAAACUAGUUUGGGCUCCGGCCGGUAGUCAGUCGAUACCGACAGUACAGUUAUUACAUAACCUCAUGCUGUUUUCGUAAUCUAUAAUGUAACAGGACUGGCCGGUGUUACGAGACAGAAAAGGGUUCUGAAUGGUGCUUGUAAUCAAAAGUUAGUUUGUGAACAAAUCGUCAGCAUGUCGUUGUAUGAGUAUGAGUAGCGGUUGAGUGGCUGUCCAUGUCUUUCACUGUAGAUGCAGAGCUACUGUAACUGUUUACUGGAAACAUAAACCUCAAAGCACAAAUGACUGGCCGUAAGUGUGUAUGACAUGUUUUGAAGAGACUGUGCAUUUCUUUCCUAAUCGAGACGUGGAGGUCAAAGGUCGGUAUGUGUUUUCUCAUUUUCGUAGUCGCAUAGUUGCUUGUUUUCCCGGGUGUUUCAUAUCACGAGACGUGCGUACUGUAUUGGCAGCAUUUUCGGGUGCUUGUGGCCUGCUGGUAAAGAAACGGGACUUAUUUAGUCAUUUUAAAGGAACAGUUCAUCCUUGCCGUCGCUCACGUAAAAUGCAAAAAAGGAGAGCUUUGGACAAAUGCUUGUCUCGCUCUUUUUCCAAUCAAACAGAAAAAAGUGGUCACUCUGAACAUUAAAGGCUCUUUAUUGGCAUCUGUGGGUCCGUGAAGAGACUUUAGCAUCCAGGGAACCUUUCUUAUACACAAAAUGUGUUUUUUUAAAAUUGUUCUUUACUAAGAAAAACAUAGUCCUUUAAAGAAUUUGGGCAAUCGGAAAAACCAAAAAUGCAUUCUUCUAUGGUAAGAAGUGUUUUUAAGAGUGCAUGUUCAAAGCUCGAAGUCGUGGCAUAGCUUUGUGCUUUUCUUGUUUGGAAAAGAGUAGCUUGAACAUUCUACAAAACAUCUUUUGUGUACCUCGGAAGAAAGUAAAUCAGCAGUUUUGCAUCAUUAGAAGGGUGAGUAAAUGCUAAAAUAUAUAUAUUUUUAGGUGAACUGCUCCUUUAAAUGUUUCAGCAUAGUUAGGGGAAGUUUUAGCAGUUAGCAUUUAACUAAAUGGCAGAAACCAAGGCUUUUCGCUUAAUGACAUUAGCUUACAGUUAUCUCCUUCAGUGUUGGAGUGAGAUCCUCCUAUUGGUCCUCGAUCUCUCCUGCCCUCUAGUGUUCAAUGUCUUUCUGUACACUGGACCGGGAAAACUGCAUUUUGUACCACUCUGAAAAUACUCAUGUACAUUUGUAAUUGUAGAGUUUAGGAUAUUCAACAUAGGCCAGCAACAGUAGCGUUAUAAGGAGAAAACGAAUGAUAUAGAUUUAUAUCACACCUCUCCCCUUGUCUGUACGUCUCUGUCUCUUUUUACAGGUGUUUUUUUGUAAACACUUUUUCUAUCUGUUUUCUGUGUUUGAGCUCUUCUCCGUGGUUCUUCAUUGACUGCCUGUCCAUCAACACAUGUUUGCUGACCAGAGUGUAAAUAGAUGUUUGUUAAUAAAAGUAUGCUUUUCAUCUACAGA